AUGGGAGCAGUGAUUCUCCCAGAUCUCGGAACCGAGGUUCUCAUUCCCGUCUGCGCCGUCAUUGGAAUCGUCUUCGCCCUCUUCCAGUGGCUCCUCGUCUCCAAGGUCAAGCUCUCCGCCGUCAGAGACGCUUCUCCCAACGCCGCUGGCAAAAAUGGCUACAACGACUACCUCAUCGAAGAGGAGGAGGGCAUCAACGACCACAACGUAGUCGUCAAAUGCGCCGAAAUCCAGAACGCCAUCGCUGAAGGAGCAACCUCCUUCCUUUUUACCGAAUACAAGUAUGUGGGAAUCUUCAUGGUGGCUUUUGCCAUUUUGAUAUUCCUCUUCCUUGGUUCCGUGGAAGGAUUCAGCACAAGCUACCAGCCCUGCACGUAUGAUAAAACUAAAACGUGUAAGCCAGCACUUGCCACAGCUAUUUUCAGCACCGUAUCAUUCCUGCUUGGAGGUGUCACAUCACUUAUUUCUGGAUUCCUUGGAAUGAAAAUUGCAACUUACGCCAAUGCAAGAACCACCCUCGAGGCAAGAAAGGGUGUUGGGAAGGCUUUCAUUACUGCUUUUAGAUCUGGUGCAGUUAUGGGUUUUCUCCUUGCUGCGAAUGGUCUUUUGGUUCUUUACCUUGCCAUCAACUUAUUUAAGAUUUAUUAUGGUGAUGACUGGGGUGGUCUUUUUGAGGCCAUAACUGGUUAUGGUCUUGGUGGGUCUUCUAUGGCUUUGUUUGGAAGAGUUGGUGGAGGUAUUUAUACUAAGGCUGCUGAUGUUGGUGCUGAUCUUGUUGGAAAGGUUGAAAGAAACAUUCCGGAGGAUGAUCCAAGAAAUCCAGCUGUGAUUGCUGAUAACGUUGGUGACAAUGUUGGAGAUAUAGCUGGUAUGGGAUCUGAUCUUUUUGGUUCAUAUGCGGAGUCAUCCUGUGCUGCUCUUGUAGUUGCUUCUAUCUCCUCGUUUGGGUUGAAUCAUGAGUUGACUGCGAUGCUAUACCCUCUCAUUGUUAGUUCUGUGGGUAUCCUUGUUUGUUUGCUCACUACCUUAUUUGCAACUGACUUCUUUGAGAUCAAGGCUGUGAAGGAGAUUGAGCCUGCAUUGAAAAAGCAGCUCGUUAUCUCCACUGUGCUGAUGACUCUUGGGGUUGCAGUUGUUAGUUGGAUUGCACUUCCAACUUCCUUCACCAUCUUCAAUUUUGGAGUGCAGAAAGACGUCAAGAGUUGGCAGCUAUUUUUAUGUGUUGCUGUUGGUCUGUGGGCAGGACUUAUUAUUGGAUUUGUAACUGAGUACUAUACUAGUAAUGCAUAUAGUCCUGUGCAAGAUGUUGCUGACUCCUGCAGAACUGGUGCUGCAACUAAUGUUAUAUUUGGCCUUGCCUUGGGAUACAAGUCUGUUAUUAUUCCAAUUUUUGCUAUAGCAAUUAGUAUUUUUGUUAGUUUCACCUUUGCUGCCAUGUAUGGUAUUGCCGUUGCUGCUCUUGGGAUGUUGAGUACCAUAGCCACUGGAUUGGCCAUCGAUGCAUAUGGUCCAAUCAGUGACAAUGCGGGGGGUAUUGCGGAAAUGGCUGGCAUGAGUCACAGAAUUCGUGAAAGAACUGAUGCCCUUGAUGCUGCUGGUAACACGACUGCUGCAAUUGGGAAGGGCUUUGCCAUUGGAUCUGCCGCCCUUGUAUCUCUGGCCCUCUUUGGUGCCUUUGUGAGCCGAGCUUCUAUUACAACUGUUGAUGUCUUGACUCCUAAGGUUUUCAUUGGUUUAAUUGUGGGGGCAAUGCUUCCUUAUUGGUUUUCUGCCAUGACCAUGAAGAGUGUGGGAAGUGCUGCUCUGAAGAUGGUUGAGGAAGUACGCAGGCAAUUCAAUACCAUUCCAGGGUUGAUGGAGGGAACUGCCAAGCCUGACUAUGCUACAUGCGUUAAGAUCUCUACUGAUGCAUCCAUCAAAGAAAUGAUACCACCUGGUGCUCUUGUCAUGCUUACACCUCUUGUCGUUGGGAUUCUUUUUGGUGUUGAAACACUUUCUGGCGUCCUCGCUGGAUCUCUGGUGUCCGGUGUACAGAUUGCUAUCUCCGCAUCCAACACCGGUGGUGCAUGGGAUAAUGCCAAGAAGUACAUUGAGGCUGGUGCAUCCGAGCAUGCAAGAAGCCUUGGUCCGAAAGGGUCAGAUUGUCACAAGGCAGCAGUUAUUGGUGACACCAUUGGAGACCCUCUCAAGGAUACAUCCGGUCCAUCACUUAACAUCCUUAUCAAGCUGAUGGCAGUUGAGUCUCUUGUGUUUGCCCCCUUCUUUGCUACACAUGGUGGUUUACUCUUCAAGAUCUUCUAA